AUGACGUCAUAUGGUGCUGCAGUUUACAUCUGUACCGGACAUGAAUGCUCCCUGUUGAUUGCGAAGUCCCGCGUCGCUCCUCUUAAAUCCCUUACCCUACCACGAUUGGAACUGAUGGCUGGCCUCAUUGGGGCGCGACUAACCAAACACGUACAAAAAGAAUUGCAGAUUGAGAAUGUACAACUAUGGUCUGACAGUCAAAUAGUAUUGCACUGGUUAGCUUCUACACGUGCUCUACCAAGAUUUGUGAAAAACCGUGUUGCUGAAAUAAGUUCACUUCUACCAAAUCAUGAGUGGCGAUAUUGUCCUACACAAGAUAAUCCCGCCGACCUGUUAACCCGCGGAAUCUCAGCAGAGCAGUUCAUGCAAAGCGAUCAUUGGGUCAAAGGACCACGUUGGGUAACGGAACCCGGAAGUUGGCCGGCAUGGGAACCCAAAAACACAGCUGUCUGCGUCGCAGAAACAUGUUGCCAUCCAUCAAUGCAAGCGGUUAUUGAACCAGAUCAACCGGAAGUUCAUGGAGUUCAAGCGAUUAUCUGCAUGGCGAAAUACGGUAAUUUACAGCAGUUACUGCGCGUGACAGCAUAUGUAUUACGAUUUAUCAAGAGAUGCAAGAACAAAAGCCUAUCACAGUCUAGAUCAUUGACCGCAUCUGAGCUACUUGAUGCAGAGAAAGUAUGGAUAUCGAGUGUUCAACUCUCUUCAUAUAAAGAAGAAUUUCAAUGUCUUCGAGAUGGUCAUUCACGAGCGACACUGGUGAAACAACUGAAAUUGUUCAUUGAUGAUAGGAGCUUACUGCGAUGUGGAGGACGUAUACAUAAUGCCCCGGUUACGGAGACUGUGAAGUUUCCGUAUCUAUUACCACAGAAACAUACAUUCACUCGACUAGUGGUGAUGGACGCUCAUGAAAGAAUUCUACAUUCUGGUCCAAACUCGACAGUGACUUUCAUACGUCAGAAAUACUGGAUUCCUGCAAUUAGACGAUGUGUACAGCAUGUGCUUAAGAAAUGCGUGCCAUGUAGAAGAGUUGUAGGCAAGCCAUACUCUGCACCGGAUCCACCACCGUUACCCGCCGUGAGAGUGGAAGAAGCGGACCCAUUCACUGUGACUGGUGUUGACUUUUCCGGAGCGUUACAUGUUCAUGGUACAAACGGUCAGGACACGAAGGCAUACAUUUGCCUGCUUACAUGUGCUUCCACCCGUGCAGUUCAUCUGGAGCUGGUACCCGAUUUGUCCACAGAGACGUUCUUACAAGCCUAUCGUAGAUUCUGUAGUCGACGCUCAGUACCGCGGAUGAUGAUUUCAGACAAUGGAACACCAUUUGUAGGUGCAGCGAACCAAAUUAAGAAUCUUUUCGCGUCCGAGAGAAUCCAUACGGAACUUAGCAGAAGAGGAACAGAGUGGCGCUUCAUCAUCAAACGUGCUCCAUGGUAUGGAGGCUGGUGGGAGCGUUUGAUUGGGGUAACGAAAACGUCUAUCAAGAAAGUGCUAGGACGCUCUUACGUUGACUACCAUACGUUAUCGACUGUGAUCACGGAAAUCGAAGCUGUUAUAAAUGAUCGACCUCUCACCUACAUCAGUACCGCGCAGAGUGACUUGCAGCCGCUGACACCUUCUCAUCUUGUUUCCGGUCGCCGAAUCACAGUGCUACCCUUGAGCCGUGACGUGGAUUUGGAUUCUCAAAAUAUCGUCACCAGAGAGAAUAUUUCCAAACGAGCGCGAAUGCAGCAAAAACUCAUCGACGAUUUCCGCUGCAGAUGGAGAAGAGAAUACCUAUCAGCUUUACGCGAAAACCAGCGGAUUUCCGGGCGUAAUGAACAGACGAUUAAAGUCGGCGACAUCGUCAUGGUACACGAUGAAGGUCCACGGUCACGAUGGAAAUUGGCAAGGGUCGAGGCGCUCAUCCAAGGCAACGAUGGACGAGUACGAGCCGCAAACAUUCGGACUGACGGGGGAAUUACGAAUCGCCCAAUUACCAAACUAUAUCCAUUGGAGGUCGGAGACGUAACAGUGUCAUAA